AUGCCUCUGCUUUGUCACUUCACUAGCAUUGUCUUACUGCUAAUUGUUCAGUGUGGAUCAUGGACAGGGGCGAACCGUUUGGGGCCCUUCAAGGUCUGUCCUAGUUGCAGGGAUCCGUCAAGAGCAGGAAGGCCCCCCAGGGAGCACAAUGUUGCAGGCGGCACAUCAGCGUUGGCCCGGGGAGAGCCCUGUGGUGUGUACACCCUGAGCUGUGCCAAGGGGCUCCGCUGUGUGCCCCCGCUGCGGGAGCACAGCCCCCUUCAGGCUCUUUUGCAGGGCAGGGGCGUUUGUGUCAAGCACAGCAGGACCAGUCCCACUGAGAGGCCCCACCCGACAGGACCUCAUCCUUCACACAGCGGUGACAUUGAAAAAGCACCAUGUCGCAAACUGCUCAACAGUGUCCUGAGAGGUUUGCAGCUGACCAUUAUCCAGUCUGACCAUGACAUUUAUGUACCAAACUGUGACACCCGGGGGUUCUACAGAAAAAAGCAGUGCCGCUCUUCCAAAGGCACGCGGCGCGGUCACUGCUGGUGCGUGGAUGAGCUUGGCACACCGGCGCCCUCCCGCGGCGGCGAGGACGGCGUCCUACCGUGCGACGCGGAGUGAGAGCCCGGCCCCUGCUCUGGUUCUGCGCCUGGAUGACGAGGAGGGAAGGAGAGGUGCUCGGGGAGACGACGGGAGAGUUACCGUGGGCCAGACUAGCUGGUUCGGCACCGCCCGGACAGGAGGUAGCAGGGAAAAAACACUUCUGUCAGUCGUGAAGAAAGACACACAGGGGUGAGAACAUCCGCGCUGAUGUUCGACUAUCGUCCCUAGACGAGGACGCGAGCGAGGAGAGGGUCUGUCUCUUCCCUGCCGCGAUCUUGUCUCGGCUGUCGCAUUACGGUCCGUUUCUGUUUUUCGUCGGAGGCUGCCAACGUUAGUUCCGAUCCGAGCGGGGUGAAAUGCAGGUGAUGUGACGCGAUGCUUGACAAGUGUGUCUCCCUCACCAUCCUCUCAGUCUCCCUCUCUCCAAAGAUAAACUGCUAUCAUUUAUUUUGGAGUUCCGUGACUGCGUUCUGCUUUAGGCUUACAACCUGAUAUAUUUGUGUAUGUUGUGUCUAGGCAAAAAAAAAAAAAAAAAAAAAAUGGUCUAAUGAAAUCCAACCAGGACACUUUCUUCGUCAACUCGGUGUGGUGACUGCUUGUGGGUUGAUUGUUUGUACAAAUGUUGAACUUUUGUGCGUUGUCAAGCAGCAGACAAAAAGCGUACAGCUCUUGUUAUUUUCAAAAAGUCUUAACGUAUAUUUUUAUACACCUCAAUAUAUUUUAUAUAUGAAUUAUUGCUUUAUUUAAGGAACUACAGUAUAAUACCAUGUAUUUUUAUAUUGUUAGCUAUAACCUAUUUUCGGACAGAUUAUUUUGUUUCAUGUUGGUGGAAUUCUAAUGCUUUCAUGGCACCGUUCAGGAAAAAAAAAGGUCAUCAGAGC